UGUCAAAGUGUUAAAUAGAAAUAUCAAUUUGUUAAAAAUAAUAGUGACGGUCCGAAUAUCGUUUGUUACUUAAAAUGAAUUUUAACAAAUAUCACUAUUAUGGACAUACCCCUCAAAAUUAUGGACAACAAAAUGCCCAAAAUCAGCAAUCUGGUUCUUAUGUUAAUUAUACACCAAUUCCACCACAACAAUUAUCAUAUACUUCAACAGGUUACAAAAGUAAUUUAAAUAUGCAGAGUGCUUCAGAUCAAAAGGUGAUUCCAUCAAAAGUGUUGGUUAAUCCACAUUUUAAAAAGACUGUAUACAUAAAUCGAAACUUCCAAAAUGAAAAUAAAUCAAAGGGCCUUUACACUCCAAAAAUACAUGUUAAUCCAAACAAUCCAAAGUUAACUAGUGCAAUGCAGAGGGUAAUAGACUUGUCCAAAACUCAGUGUAAAAGUAAUGAAGUGAACAUUCCAAAGAUUCAUAUAAAUCCCAACAUGAAGAACAAAAUUGACAUUCUGAAGGAGAUUUCAGAGCACAAUACUGUGCCAAAUAUUAAAAAUGAUAUUAAACCCAAGGAAAUACAUGUAAAUCCGAACAUACUACCUAACAUUGGGCAUAAACCAGUCAGUAAUCUCCCUCUGCAAGGAAAAAAGAUAAUUUCUACAAAGAACAAAUUGAUUAGACUUCCUGUCACUAAAAUAAUCCACACUCCAACUCCAAUGAAAAAGAGGAAUUCUUUGGUGACAAAGUACAAAUUAAUCAAAUCAUCUGUGAUAUGUAAUAAUAAAAAUACUAAAAUUAACAAAUUUAGGAUAGACAAUAGAAUUCCUGUUAAUAAACAAAUGUUAAACACAUCUGUAACACAAAGAAGAAAAUAUGUAUACACAAAUAAGUUGCAAAGCUUAAGUGAGAUUGCCAAAUCAAGAUUAUUUAAAACAAAUAAAAUGAGAACUGGAUAUGUUGAGAUUGGAGGAGUACGGUAUAGAAAAACUGUUAAUUCUUUGAGUAGGUCUGUGACACCAUCCAUUAAAGGAAAGAAAUUAAUUCAUAAGUUAGUGAAAAUAAAUCCUUCCAAAUUAGUGACUUCUGAUGUUAGAAAAGUUACUUUCAAACAAUCCAAUACUAGGAAAUCACUUACAUUUGUCAGGAAAUCAGUUUCAUCUAAAUUAAAAAAGUGCAAUAUCCCUUGUCCAAAUUAUAGAAAAUUCGGUCGUUGUCUGCGCAAGGAUAAAGGAAAAUGUUAUCAUAAACAUGAUCCCAAUCAAAUAGCUUUAUGUACAAGAUUUCUUCAAGGAGCAUGCAUUAAUGACAAAUGCUUACUGUCCCACAAAGUUUCAGGAGAAAAAAUGCCAACAUGUAAAUAUUAUCUAGAAGGUUCUUGUUCUAGAGAUAAUUGUCCUUAUUUACAUGUGAAAAUUAAUCCAAAGGCUGAAAUCUGUAGGGAUUUCUUAGAAGGUUACUGUCAAAAAGCUGGACUGUGCGACAAGAGACAUCAGUUGCUUUGUCCCGAUUAUGAGAAGAAUGGUUCCUGUCCAAAACGUAGAUGCCAGUAUCCCCAUGGUAAUUUGGUAAGAAAAUAUACAGUACCUGAAAAUGUUGCCAAGAAAUGUUCAAACGAAACUGGCAGAUUGGUUCAUAAACUACACAUACAAAAAGAAUUGCCGUCAAAUGUGAAUGGUAAUACUGUAGAAAUUCCUAGAUGCUUUAAGAAUGAAAAUAUUGUUGAAAAAGCACCUAGGUAUUAUCUUGGUAAUGAAAAGUUGAACACAUCUUUGUGCGUUUUAAAUAAAUUAAAUGAUCAAGAAAUUGACAUUCGAUCGCGUCCAAAAUUAGGAGAUUUACCUUCUUAUAUCCCUCUAUCUGAGGAGAACAUAUGAAUAUUUCUUGGUAUAAAUUUUAUUAUUUAAUUUAUACAUUAGGCUGAAAUAAAAUAUUUUUAUAAAACUGUUUUUUAUUUUCC